GAUGUCAUAAUUUUUAAAACCAGUAUAAGCAUCAUCACCACCAAAAUCUAGAAAUACAAUAUCUCCAAAUACAUAGUCUAAAAGUCCACAUUACACUGAGUUAUAAUAAGGUUCUUCUUAUAUAAUUUAGUUUUAGGAUCGACAUUACAAAAAUCAUAAUAGAGUUUAAGGAAUUCCCAUUACACAAGUAAGUUUGAGAAGAGCAUUGAUAUGGAUAUGAAAUAAAGCAAUACAUUUAUAAAUCCAGAAUUUGAGAUUAAGAAAUUAAUGAAUUUAGUGGAAUUAUAAUAACACGAAAUAAACAAUUGGAAACGUCGUUAUGAAUAAGCAGAAGCUAGAGUAUUAUCUAAAUAUUAAAUUAGUGUAUUUCAUCUAAUCAGACUUAAACAAUGCUUGAAUAUGAAAAACAUUUAGAUUAAUUGACUAAAGAAUUAAAAAAUUCAAUAUAAUAGAAUGAUGAAUUUAGUAGUAAAUUAAGAGAAAAAGAUACUUAAUUAAUACGAUUAAAUAAAUAAAUAGAUAUUUAGAAAUAAUAAUUGAAUGAUUAUUAAUCUGAAUUAAAGUAUUUAUAACAUGAAAAAGUAAAUAUGGAUAAGGAUGCUUCUAUUUAGUUAUUUUAAAAAGAUUAGAAAUAUAAUUAAAAUUUAUAAGAGAUCUAAUAAGCACAUUUAGAAUAAUUAUAAUUGAUGGAUGAUCAAAUAUAGAAAUUACAAGAUGAAUUAGUGAGAAGAAAUUAAGCUAUUGAAUUUUAGAAAUAAGAAAUUGUAUAAUUGGAUAAGAUUGUAAAUGAGAUUAAAACAGGAGAAAAGAAUUUAAUUUAAUAAUUAGAAGCUCUAAAAUUAAAGUAUUAGGAUUUGUAAGAGGAAAAGAAAAGAGAAGUAAAUAAAUUAAUAUAAUAAAAUGAAUAAUAAAUUAAAUCAUAAGAAAAAGAGUUUUUAGAUGAAAAGGAGUGUUUAGUUCAUAAAAUUAGUUAACUUUAAUAUGAGAAUAAUAUUUUGAAUUAAUAAAUAUAAGAAUAAUAGAGUAAUUAUAAAUUAUAAAUAUAAUAGAUUUAAUUUAAGGAUUAUAAGAGGAGAUACAAUCUCAAGUAGAAUAGAAUUGUAAUUUACAAGAGUAGAAUUAGUUGAGUUCUAAAGAUUUAGAUUAAAAAUAUAGAAAAUCAAUUUCAGAAAUAAAGAUGGAAUAUUAAUAAUAGAUUAAUAAAUUAUUAUAAGAGAUUUAAAAAUUGAAUUAAUAAUUGGAUUAAUGUUAAAAAUAAAUACAAGAAAAUUAGUAGUUGAAUUAAGAAUUAUAAAUUGGAUUAGAAAACUUAAAUUAACAUAAUUAAACUACAUCAUCUUAAUUAAAAUAAGUAUAAAAUGAUUAUGAUUCAUUGUAAUUACAAUAUGAAAAUGAUAUAUAAGAGUAAAAUUAAGAUAUUGAAUAAUUAAAUGAAUAAGUAAAUCAAUUAACUGAAUUAUUGGAAUAAAGAUCAAAUGAAUAUGAUGAAUGUAGAUAAUAAAAGGGAUAGUUAGCAUUAAAAAAUAAUGAAAAUAAUGUAAUUAUUCUAAAAUUAAUUAUUAGUUAUUAAUAUAAAGAAUGUAAGUAGAAUUAGAAUGUUAAAAAUAGAAAUUGAUUGAGAUAUAGAAAUAAUAAGAAGUAUCAGAAUAAGUAAAAGAAGAAAUCAAGAGAUCUUAGAUUGAAUAAAUUAAGAGAUAGAUGGAAUCAUAGGUUGAGAUAUUAGAGAGUGAGAAUAGAACUCUUAGAUAUUAAAUAGAGAUGAAGAAUAGAGAAUGUGAAGAAUGGAAACAAUAGUAUACUAGAAAUUAAUGA